CUCCUCCUUCUGCGGGGGAGGGGUCACGAGAACUGGCGGUAUUUAUUGAGUUGGUCGUUGAGCGUGAACUGUUACUCUGCUUUCGAAACGCGGACACACGCUCAGGUUAUAACGUUACAUUUUCCACGAGAGGCAAACAUGCAGUUUGACCUGUCAUAUGAGAUGUUCGAGAACAGUACUGACAACAUCUCAGAGGAGUCAGGAGAGUUUGACCUGGACCUGGAGGAGCCAUGUGGCAGUGCGUUGAGCAGCGACUUCAACAGAAUCUUCCUACCUACAGUUUAUGGAAUAAUAUUUUUUCUGGGAAUCAUUGGCAAUGGAUUAGUCAUUGUGGUCAUGGGCUACCAGAAAAAAGUCAAAACUAUGACCGACAAGUACCGGCUCCAUCUCUCCGUGGCAGACCUUCUGUUUGUCCUCACGCUGCCUUUCUGGGCCGUGGAUGCAGCCAAAACCUGGUACUUCGGAAGCGUCCUCUGUGUCUCUGUGCACAUGAUCUACACAGUCAACCUGUACAGCAGCGUGUUGAUCCUGGCCUUCAUCAGUCUAGACAGGUACUUGGCAGUCGUGCGGGCCACUAACAGCCAAGCCACAAGGAAGCUGCUUGCGAGCAGAGUGAUCUACGUGGGUGUGUGGCUGCCUGCAGCCAUACUGACUGUACCUGACAUGGUGUUUGCCCGGGUGCAAAACACAGGAUCUUCAAACAUCCUCUUGACAGAUGAAAGCAUGGAGACUGGAGACUCCAGGACCAUCUGCCAGCGCAUCUACCCACAGGAAGGUGGUCUCAUAUGGACAGUUGUUUUCCGCUUCCAGCACAUCCUGGUGGGUUUCAUACUGCCCGGCCUGGUCAUCCUAAUCUGCUACUGCAUCAUCAUUGCCAAGCUGUCGCGUGGCGCCAAGGGUCAGGCUCUGAAGAAGAAAGCGCUGAAGACCACGGUCAUCCUCAUCCUGUGUUUUUUCUCCUGCUGGCUGCCCUACUGUGUUGGCAUCUUUCUGGACACGCUCAUAAUGCUCAACGUGAUCCCUUCCUCUUGUGAACUGCAGCAAGCAGUGGAGAAGUGGAUUUCUAUCACUGAGGCGCUUGCCUAUUUUCACUGCUGCCUGAACCCCAUCCUGUAUGCUUUUCUGGGAGUUAAGUUUAAGAAAACAGCCAAGAGGGCACUGACAGUCAGCAGCAGAUCAAGUCAAAAAGUGACUCUUAUGACUAAAAAGCGAGGGCCAAUUUCAUCCGUGUCAACUGAGUCUGAGUCUUCAAGUGUUUUGACAAGUUAACAAACAGUCAACAUUAGAGUCUGUGACUUGAUACUCUCAGAGGAUCUAAGCUUUAAUUUCAAAGAACUUACUACAUUUUGUACAGAUGUAAAAAAAAAGAUUUUUUUAUACAUUUUGUUUUUGUUAUUUGUUUGCCUUGUGUACUGCAUUUGUGUGUCUUGUGAGGGUUUUUAUUGUGAGUUUUGCAAAUUUUAUGAUACUCAGAGCAGAUUGUGUCCUCAGGCAGUGCCUCAUUUUCAUUCAUUCAGCUUUACAAUCAAGGUCCAUUUUUCCUGUUUUCAUCUAUACAACCUGUGUUGCAGUAUCAAAGCUCAGGCAAACAAAGCCCGUUUCUGGCAGGGAUGGUAGCUGCAUUAGGAAACAUGUACAUAGUUUGUAGCAUUUUUGUGUUCGCACUUAAGUUGUGUGAUAAUCUGAAAGCUAUUAUUUAUUGCUGUCAUCCACACUGGAAGUUUUGUAAAAGAAAACUGCAUGCUGCUUUUUUUCACCAUUUUAAAUGUUCUUUUUUAUGUAGAAAUAAAAAAUUCAGUGCUUCUCA